CGACAACCUCACCUUUGAAACCAUUUUGCGAAAAGUCUGCCCACAACAUCCCUAAGUCAACCCUUAUGAGCAAGACCACCACCUCAAAAUCAUCAUGGAAUCCAUCAAAAAGGUCCUCCAUAUCCGCCGCAAAUCAACAGCCAAACCAUCAUCAUCCCGCAACGAAGCAGAUCCCCGUACAAGCGUCGACUCAGAAGUCGCAGCAAUGAGCCCUGACGAACGCGACAGGUAUCUCAAGGAAUUUGAGGAAGCGGAGAAGAUGGGUACACCGAAGAAGGGUGGCUUCUUGGAUAAAUUGAUUGAAAGGGGAAACAAGAAGACGGAGGAGCAGUUGGAAAAGGAGGCUAGGGAGAGGGGGAUGAAGGAUGGGGUUAUUCGUUGAGGGGUAGAUAUGGAUGUUGGUGAUGGUGGAUGUUGGACUUCGUCGUUCCGUUCCAACAUUUGAAAAUGCUGAUGCAAGAUGUGAGAUAGAAGACAAGAAUUCCACCAAACCAUACACUUGUAUUUUG